AUGCAAUUGUGUCAUUAUGCUGUUCGAUACCAAUACAACGAUUUCAGCUCAGUGUCACGUUACGUUACAGCGACUUCACUCAAGGCCCCAAGGCCCGCAUUCCAGUCCUUCUCCCCGCCUCCGGUCCCUACCGUCCGGUUCGCGUUUGGCGUGAAGUUUGACGACUCUAGAAGCGUUCGGUCCCUGAUUAUCAACGAAUCGGUAACCUUGCGAAAACUCUUUUGGGAAGAGGACGGCCUUUGGGGGAGAUGGUGUGCCGAGGUGCAGGAGGGUAUUCCCGUUACGGCGAACGGUUUAUUCUGCUUUGGGGCGUUGAUAAAAAAUGCAAAGACCAUCUGCGUGAGACCGGAUGGCAGGUCAGGUAAACAACCACUAAAGCCGUCAAUCACCGACUGUUUCUGCAAUAUGGACGAAUAG